UAGGUGUAAUUAUUUUAUGUGUUUUAUCCUGGUUAUUAAAUCAACCUAUAUAUAUACUUUAAAUCAUCAUGUAUUGUUUUAAAGAUACUGCUCCUAUAGUGAUAGCUGGAUUUAUUAUAACAGUUUCUGCAUUUGUAAUACACUUGAUAGGAUUUGCAACGCCUUAUUGGAUAAGGGAUUAUGAUUCCCAUGACGGAUUAUGGCUCGUCUGUGAUGACCAAAAUCAUCAAUGUUUCAGUAUGUCAGGUUUGGUUCAAGAAUUACCUGCCAAGUUUAAAGCUACUCAAGCAUUGGAAUGUAUAGCUUUCUUUGCUUAUGUUGCUGCUGUUGUGUGUGCUUCACUCCAAACAUUUGUUAUGAAACAGAGAAUAUUGUACAUAGUCGGAGCUCUUACCAACUUCGUGGCAGGAGGUUUUAGUUUGAUUGGAUGCAUCAUCUUUUCCACUAUUGAAAACAUUAAUACAAGUGAUUUACAUUUCUCGUUUGCGUUUUGUAUCAUAGCUAGUAUGGGAGGAGUUGCGGCUGGUGUGUUAUUCAUCCUGGCGUGGAAAUGGAUACCGGCAAACUAAAUAAAAAUGAGGAAUGUACACGGCAAAUUGAAUGAUCGACGUUACUAAAGAGUUUGGAUUGGUCGUGUCAAAUAACGUAUAAAAAAAAAAAUUUAACUGACGAUGAAUACAUUCACACUUACAAGUGUAUAUCUUAUUCAUCAAAUUCAUAAAACUCCGUCGAAAGUGGUUUCUAUAUAUUAUAUGAAAGCGCAAAACAACAUUCCACUUCUACGAUUUUUUGCAUGAGGAAUAACUUCUAAAUAUCAAAAGUACAAAAUAUGUCUGCAAUGUAUUAAAAUAUAGAUUCAAAAGAAA